AUGAUAAAAGCAGUGCUGGUGAUGAACACGCAGGGGAAGCCUCGUCUCGCCAAAUUCUACGAAUUUAAGCCCGUGGAGCAGCAGCAGGAAGCUAUUCGCAAUGUGUUUUCAGUAUUAUGCAGUAGACCUGAAAAUGUCAGCAAUUUUGUGGAUGCUGAAUCCUUCUUUGGCCCGGACUCUCGCCUUGUCUACAAGCACUUUGCAACUUUAUAUUUUGUGUUCAUUUUUGAUAGUUCUGAAAACGAGCUUGCUAUGCUUGACUUGAUACAAGUCUUUGUUGAAACAUUGGACAAAUGCUUCAGAAAUGUAUGUGAGCUUGAUAUCGUGUUCAACUAUAGUAAGAUGCAUACUAUACUAGAUGAGAUCAUUCUUGGAGGCCAGGUGUUGGAGACAAGUUCGACCGAGGUUAUGAAAGCUAUUGAAGAAAUAGCAAGGCAAUACGCUUCUACUAUAUCUGCCUGCCCAACAGUUAUGGUAUCUAUCAAAUUGAUACGUCAUUCUAGUAAAUACGAAACUAAAGGCUUGAAGCAGCGUCCAAUGCAAUCAAUCUUGUUCCAAAAUCUGUUUCAGGAUGGAGGGCGCGGUAAAAUAAUUUCAAUCAAACUUCCGAACUCUGGAGUGAGUGCUCCUAAUUGGUACAACGACUGA